CCACAUCAAAGGUUGGAUUCUGAGGAGUUUGCAGCACAGUACGAGCACAUGCGAGGACUGCCCAUUGAAUCGUACGACGGACAGCCGCAGUUGCUGAUUGGGGUAAACAAUAUCCACGCGUUUGCACCGAUGGAGGCAAAGGUGGGUACGCCAGUGGAACCGAUUGCUGUUCGAACCAAACUAGGAUGGACGGUCUAUGGGCCGCGACAGCAAACCCCAGCGGCGGCCGACAACUAUCUCGGUUACCACCGGCAGGUAACAAACGAGGAUCUGCCGCCCGAGAGUCAUUAUGCGUCGAAAGAAUCGGUGGUGACAAUUUCACGGGGCACCGUGGAGAAGAAAUGGGCCCAGCGAAUAAGAGAGCGAACCGCCCAACUCGUCGGCGAUCGCUGCGAAGACGAAUCGCUGUCGAAGACCCGGAGACAAGAAAUUAAAACGUGUCGUCAUCCGGACAGCUCCGGAAAAAUCGCCACGAACAUGGCGGUUCUCAUCCCGAACGCAAGAAGACAGGCUGAACAACAAAAUAGGCGGGUUCGAAAUCCGAAACGGGAUGAUCAACUCGCUGGAAGCCUUGCGGAGCCUAGAAGAGGCGAAACCGACGACACCGACGCAUUUGAUGGCGAAGGAGAGAGUCCUGGGAGCGGUCAGGGAUCCAAGUGGGGAUCGGCGUUUUCGACUCGCUUUUCGACGAGGCACCGCGGCGAGUUGUUGCCGCAGUUGUACGAGGAAAAGUGGUCGUCGAGAAAGCUCGUCGCAAGUGUCGCAAAACCGGAGGAAGUCAAGAACGGUCGGCGAAAGGAGAAGCUUGGGGUGAUGCGUGCGCUCGAUGAGGGGCGCAAGUUGUUGGGCAAGAUCCUACCAACGACACUAGCGGAAACGGCUGGCAAUGGUUCGACGAUUCUUCGUGGUCGACGGGAAAUCCCGACAGUCUUGCAGAUGAAGCUUCAUCGCUGCGGUCAUCAAGGUCUCAGAAGGACGAGCUCGACAGACAAACGUGAGGACGAAGAUGGUAAGGCGCAGAGACGGGACUUGGUAAAGCUUGCGUCGUUAAGAGGUAAUGUAAAUCCGAAAAUGCCGGAUGUUACGGGCUGGGGUGUUGCGACGCCGCACAUUUUGAACCGGUCUAAAAUAUGAACCCGUCUAACCACAACAUAACUGCAGCAUGACAGUUCUCGCGCGGUAGUAGUGGUAGGUGAAAUAAGAGGGAAAGUAGAUGAAUGAGGUGCAAGUAGAAUUCGAUAAAAACAACGGAAUUUCGCCAUCGUAAAAGUAGGAAAAGAAAAUCAGUUUAGAGUUAUUAAAGUUAUUUAAAAUUUAUUUCGGUAACCAAAUUACACUAAUUGGUGCUUCCGUAAGUUGUGGGAGUGCGGUGUAAACUGAUAUACAAAGUCCCUGUGCAAAUACCGGUGCUUGGUACGCCCCGAAACAGGGGAAAAUAACCAGAAAAGCUGCCGUGCCAGUGGAUUAUAUCGUAAGUAGACGCAAGAAUAGAAGUUUUCUUAUGUGUAAUGUAUAAUUGAAAAUAUUUGUGAUUACAAAAAUAGCAUCCGCGCAACAUACCGAUUAGGGUAACGGCCCCAAUUAUAGUCCAACCAGAGAAUUGAGAAAAGAAGUCGUGGCAAGGAAACCAUUUAAUUGUAAGUUGUUAGUAAUUUUAGUCUGUGUUGUGAAUUGUGUUUAUUGAAUUUGUUAAUAAAUUUCAGUUUAAGCGUUGCUUCAAAA